AGGAAACUUUGGCUUUUCAUUAUUAUUUGGAGUUUUGCUUAUUAGCGAAAUAUUUUCACUGCUUAUAUAGUUUAUUAUCAGCGUGGCAAAAGAGCUUGAGACAUGGGUUGUAAUCCCAGUUUUUCUAACUUCCAGCUCUUUUACUUUGCUCAGGACACAGAGCUUUACCUGGUACCAGACAGUAAGCUUGCUGGCAGACAUAUCUCGUGUUACCACUGAACUCAAUAUACCUCGUCUCUAAAACAGAGCAAUGCAGCAAGUGUUGGAUAACCUUACAGAGCUGCCCUCAUCUACAGGAGCAGAAGAAAUAGACCUUAUUUUCCUCAAGGGGAUUAUGGAGAAUCCUAUUGUAAAAUCACUUGCUAAGGCUCAUGAGAGGCUAGAAGAUUCAAAACUAGAAGCUGUCAGUGACAAUAACUUAGAAUUAGUCAAUGAAAUUCUUGAAGAUAUCACUCCUUUAAUAAAUGUGGAUGAAAAUGUGGCAGAACUGGUUGGUAUACUCAAAGAGCCUCACUUCCAGUCACUCUUGGAGGCCCAUGAUAUUGUGGCAUCAAAAUGUUAUGAUUCACCUCCAUCAAGCCCAGAAAUGAAUAAUUCUUCUAUCAAUAAUCAGUUAUUACCAGUAGAUGCCAUUCGUAUUCUUGGUAUUCACAAAAGAGCUGGGGAGCCAUUGGGUGUAACAUUUAGGGUCGAAAAUAAUGACCUGGUAAUUGCCCGAAUCCUUCAUGGGGGAAUGAUAGAUCGACAAGGUCUGCUUCAUGUGGGAGACAUCAUUAAAGAAGUCAAUGGCCAUGAGGUUGGAAACAAUCCAAAGGAAUUACAAGAAUUAUUGAAAAAUAUUAGUGGAAGUGUCACCCUAAAAAUUUUACCAAGCUAUAGAGAUACCAUAACUCCUCAACAGAGUUGCAUCAAUAUGGAGAGGCAUCCAGCACACGUCCGUCAGGUAUUUGUGAAAUGUCAUUUUGAUUAUAAUCCAUACAAUGAUAACCUGAUACCCUGCAAAGAAGCAGGAUUGAAGUUUUCAAAAGGAGAAAUUCUUCAAAUUGUAAACAGAGAAGAUCCAAACUGGUGGCAGGCUAGCCAUGUAAAAGAGGGAGGAAGUGCUGGACUCAUUCCAAGCCAGUUCCUGGAAGAGAAGAGAAAGGCAUUUGUUAGAAGAGACUGGGACAAUUCAGGACCUUUUUGUGGAACCAUAAGUAGCAAAAAAAAGAAAAAGAUGAUGUAUCUCACAACCAGAAAUGCAGAAUUUGAUCGUCAUGAAAUCCAGAUAUAUGAGGAAGUAGCCAAAAUGCCUCCCUUCCAGAGAAAGACUUUAGUAUUGAUAGGUGCUCAAGGUGUGGGACGAAGAAGCUUGAAAAACAGGUUCAUAGUGUUGAAUCCCACUAGAUUUGGAACUACAGUGCCAUUUACUUCACGGAAACCAAGGGAAGAUGAAAAAGAUGGUCAGGCAUAUAAAUUUGUGUCACGUUCUGAGAUGGAAGCAGAUAUUAAAGCUGGAAAAUAUUUGGAACAUGGGGAAUAUGAAGGAAAUCUCUAUGGAACCAAAAUUGAUUCUAUUCUUGAAGUUGUCCAAACUGGACGAACUUGCAUCUUGGAUGUCAACCCACAAGCCUUGAAAGUGCUGAGGACAUCCGAGUUCAUGCCCUAUGUUGUAUUUAUUGCUGCUCCAGAACUAGAGACGUUACGUGCCAUGCACAAGGCAGUGGUGGAUGCUGGCAUCACUACUAAGCUUUUGACGGACUCUGACUUGAAGAAAACCGUGGAUGAAAGUGCACGAAUUCAGAGAGCAUACAACCACUAUUUUGAUUUGAUCAUCGUAAACGACAAUCUAGACAAAGCCUUUGAAAAACUACAAACUGCCAUAGAGAAGCUGAGAAUGGAGCCACAGUGGGUCCCAAUCAGCUGGGUUUACUGAUGAUUCACUAAGGUUCAGAAUGGAAAUAAAACUUUUUAAAAGUGA